GCGAGAUGCCUGCCGGGACAUCCUGAGACGGUCUACUGGCAGCGGAAGCAAAACAACACGGACAUCAUCUGCGAGUCAGACAUCACCAAGCUGGAGCAAGGUGAGGUGCCCCUGUUCUACCAAUAUGAAGAAUGUGCAAAUGCCUCCGUCGCCAUCACUUACCACAUCUG